AUCAUAUGACUAAAGUUCACGUUGUUGACCUAGUUGUCAGGUCAAACUGGUACUUUUCACAUCCGCACAAGACUGGUAUAGAUUCUUAAAGAUUGUUUCUACGUUUUUGGUGUUUUUUUUUACGUUACAUCGACGCAGUUUGCAUAGCACAGCGUUUCCGUCGACUCGGAGAUAAGACGAUGCAGGGGUUAAGAUGCAGUAUCGUGUUUCUUGUGGUGAUCCUGGUAUCCCAGAAGUCCACAGCGGUCAGAUCAAGUAAUGGCGUCCCGUUCCGCCCCAAGUUUCCCAGGGUGCACCACGACAUCCAGCAGGGUCAGGACUACGGAGACCCUCUAUUCCUUACUUCUUAUUUGGAGCAGGGCAUGGCACAGAAAGCCCAAACGCUGAGUGAGGUACACCUUCCUGGCACAUCAGUCAAAAGCUACUCAGGCUACCUGACUGUCAACAAAGCCUACAACAGUAACCUGUUCUUCUGGUUCUUCCCUGCACUGACCGACCCAGAUAACGCCCCGUUACUCCUGUUCCUCGAGGGUGGUCCGGGUGCAACAGCCAUGUACGGAAUCUUCACGGAGACUGGGCCAUUCUACAUCACAGAGGAUUCUCAGUUGACGAGUCAAAACGUGACCUGGAUUUCUGCCUACUCCAUGCUGUACUUUGACAGCCCUGUUGGAACAGGAUUCAGUUUCACCAAGUCUGAUGCUGGAUUCUCAACAACCCAGGAAGAAAUAGCUGACAACCUCUACAAUGCGUUGCUGCAGUUUUACCAAAUCUAUCCAGAUUUCCAGGAGAGGGAUUUCUAUGUCACAGGAGUGUCGUAUGCAGGUAAGUAUGUCCCAGCACUGAGCUACAAGAUCCACAUGGAGAACCCAACAGCCAAGUUCAAGAUCAACUUCAAAGGCAUGGCCAUCGGGGACGGAUGGUGUGACCCUAUAAAUCAAUUCCAUGCCUUUCCAGACUUCCUGUACAACACAGGGUUGUGCAAUCACAAUCAGGCUUUCCAGGUCGGGGCGACCGUGAACUUGAUGGAGACACAGAUCAGCCAAAAACUGUACGUAGAAGCAUAUAAGACAUUUGAUGCCCUCAUCGCCGGUUCCCAGACUCCCUACCCUACUUACUUCUACAACAUCACCGGUGGAACCAACUACUACAACUACCUCAGGACUGUGGAGCCACCAGAGCAGGAGUACUUCUGGACGUACCUGGCCAAACCGGAGGUUAGGAAAGCCAUCCAUGCAGGGAACCUGACCCUCCACGAUGGGGCAGACGUGCAUCAGCAUCUUCUGACUGACUUCAUGCAGUCUGUCGCGCCCUGGAUAAUCACCAUCAUGGAUAACAACUACAAGGUAUUGAUGUACAAUGGGCAGCUGGACGUGAUUGUAGCUGGGGUACUGACUGAAGCCUUCCUCCAACGACUCCCCUGGUCCAAGCUGGAGAAGUACCAAGCGGCUGACAGGACGGUGUGGAAAAUUAACCCGUCAGACACUGAGGUGGCCGGCUUCGCCCUACAGGUGGACAACUUCUAUCAGGUGAUCGUCAAGGGUGGUGGCCAUAUUCUUCCGUUCGACCAACCAGAGCGGGCCUUUGACAUGAUUGACAGAUUCGUGUCUGGCAAAGGUUUUCAAUGACAGUCUGGAGGCCAAUCAGAAAAGAGCUUUUAAUUGAUUGACAGUUUAGUAAGGCCAAUGUUUCCAAACACGUGUGAAAAAGUUGAUGGUAGGUUCACAAACACAGUUCCGAACCGGGGUUUGUCCGGACUUUUUGCAGGAAUAAAAAAUAAAAGUGUAUAUCAAGAAAUAAACAUUAAUUAUGCUCAUGAUUAGUUAUUUUAUAUUUGUAUGUAUUUACCGUGCAGUCAUGCAUUUUCAUGCAUUUUGUGUAAAUAUUAUUCAUUCCUGCAAACAGUCCUGCUGAGCACUGGUUUGGAAAUGUCACCCUAGCAUCCAUAAAGAUUAUUUUUCACGUCAGUCAUCGAACGGAAACAUUUAUAAUAUACCUAUAAUAUAAAAGCGACCAAUAAGGAAUGGUGUGAAAGAGGGGUCCUGGCCCUAUCACGGUGAACAAAUGUUGAAAAUGUACAAGUUUAUAGAAACGUGUCAUUCUAAGGGUAAUUAGGAUACCAAUAUAAUGGCGGGAAGGACGUCAUUCUUUUUGGACCACAUAAUAAAAGGCUUCUUGUCAGUUUGGAGGGUCAUAUCAAUAUGAUUCACAUUUAGCGUAGCCAAAAUUACAGUUUGAUUGUCAGAAAAAUUAGGCUCUGAUUGACCAGGGAUGCUAUCGGGUCAUCUGUGGUCACAGUGUUGUUUUGGUAGCAUUUGUGGG